UUCACUCCGCUUGUUAUCCCUUAUUCGCCUUUCAUUUGUUUUCUCCUUCACUCGGACGUUUACCAUGCGUACCAAGUCUUGCGUGAAAACAAAGUUCCAGCGGUGAAUAUAAUUAACUUCGCCUACGACGAUAUCGCAAACAAUCCUAACAAUCCGUUUAAAGGCAAAGUUUUCCACGACUACGAGCACGAAGUUAUCUACAAGGGUGUGGUCACUGACUACCGCGGAAAUCUCGAUGCCGGAGAGUUCAACAAAAUCCUCAUCUACCUGCACACAAACAAAAUGUACAAUCAAAUGGUGCUUUACAUGGAUGCUUGCUACUCUGGUUCUACGUUCCAAAAUAUCCUUCCAUCAGAUGUGGGUAGACGUGUUGCUCAUGCGUAUUGCGAACUAUAUGGAUGCCUUUCAGCAACCAGGGAUAUCAAAGAGACCAUCGAAAGACUGGGUGUCAUCGAUAACCUGAUAUUGCAGAAGGGAAUUAAGGAUUCCAUGAAGAGUUUCAAUACUGUUGGUUUACUUCGCCUUCCAGAAUGGCGUCCACUUGACCCUCCAUUUGCUUGGCUAGAGACAUCGAAUGACAUGGCGACCCAGCAUUUCCAAGGAAGUUCAUGCUUUCACGCGCAGAAUGAUCUGAAAAAGCGUACACCGGUGCAACAGUACGAGGUGGUGCAAACGUGGGCAAAAUUUAGUUACGUAAUUAGACACGGUGACAAGCCGAAUGUUGCAGGUAAGAAACCGUCGUUUCAAACGAAUUGUUUUGGAAUGUCUCGGCGGUUGAUGGAGGCCACGACCGAGGAAGAAUACGAAACCGCUUGGCGGAAACUGUAUCGUGCAUUUCAGCGUGCCCACAACUUCAAGGAUUCGUUUCGGGGCAUAGUCAUGGAUGUGACAACCCACAAUAAGCCAACGGUAAUGGGCUCGUCCAAGCAUGUUGAGCUCACGUGUUUCAAGGCGGUAUUCAUGCAAAUUCAGACGCACUGCUUUAAAUUUCAG